CCGACGGUUAAUUUGCCGUCAUGAUGAUUGUAUAAAAGUGCUGUUUUCUUCCCUUCCUCCCCCCCACAGCCGUCGUCGUCGUUGUCUUGUUUUUUUUUUUUAAAUCGCUCAUUAUCCGCUGGUCGGGUUUUAAAGUUUUGCGUCAUUCCUCAUAUUGCCGUCAGUAGUUGUAUUUAUCCCAGUCGUCUCGGCACGUUUGAGACGUUUGCCUACGACCCCAAACUUCACGGCUUUCAAAGAGAGGCUAAACGCCGCCUUUUUUUUGUCAUUCUAUAAAACUGUAGUAGCGCGACCCAUUGCCUCCGCUGGUCCGGACGCUUAACAUUCCUCAUAUCAGACCAACUUCAGCUUGUUUAAAGCGAGAGUCGUCCGUUUCAUCCUCUGGCUGACUCUCUAUUCGUAAGCUUUCUAUCUAUUCGUAAGCUUUCUAUCCGGCAUUAUGCGAUAUCGUUGGAGCUCGUUCGCUUGCUCCGCAUUGACUGUUUUGGCUGGACUGACGCAGUCGACCGCGGUAGCAUCACCGCUGGAAAAGCGUGAUAUUGGUGUCGUUGCCGGACUCGCUCCGCUUGAACCUUCAAAUGGUAUCCUCUUUGGUGCUUGGGUUAAUGAACUGUCAGGGACAGACACACCGAACCUCGUCAACCAACGUUUUGACCACAAACCACUCUCCUUGUUCCAAUCCAAUAUCAACAUUCCCGAUGACCUCAAUCUCAUUCCCAAGAUCCUUCAAUUGGUGGAUGACACACAAACAGACGCAGUUCUCUAUCUUACUGUCUACCCAAUGACCGGUUUUUCCCGUGUAACGGAUAGCAGUAUAGAUCAGUUGGCGCAAAUGAUUCAAACAGCGGUUGCCAAGGGGCGAAGGGUUAUGAUUCGAUAUGCACCAGAGAUGAAUGGUUCAUGGUUCCCAUAUGGCCAACAACCCAUUGCAUUCAUUUCAGAAUGGAAGCGAUUUUACACACGAUUCCGCCAAGGCAUUUCAGACAAAUCUAAAAUCGCGUUCCUCUGGGCACCAAACUCUAGCAAUGGCUACCCAUUCCUUGGUGGUGCGUAUUCGCAUGUAGCGAAUGCAUCCGCCAGCGACCGUGCCGUUCUCGACACCAACAAGGAUGGUGCCUUUGAUUUCUGGGACGAUCCAUACAGUCCAUACUACCCCGGAGACGACUUUGUGGAUUGGGUUGGUCUUUCCCUCUACCACUAUGGCAAAGAGUAUCCCUGGGUGGACAACGUCGUUCCCAAUCCCGGUGUGGUCGAAGCUAUGAUCGGCGGAAAACCAAACAUGUCUUCCUAUGAUUUCUACAACAUGUUCUCCAAUGACGGCAAGGGUCCUAAUGUGACCAAUCCCGUCUCGAAAGGUGGAAAGCCCUUUAUGGUUGCCGAGACCGCGGCUACUUUCCACCUCGGAUUUUUGAAACCAGGACAACCCGAAACGGCGACCACUGCUCUCAACAAAGGCCCAGGGAUGCUUGCUAUCAAACAAGCAUGGUGGCGCCAAAUCUUUAACCAAACCUUCCUCGACACGCACCCAAAGGUCAAAGGUGUGUGUCUCUUUGAAUUCAAGAAGCAAGAGGAAGAAACCCUCCGAGAAUUCCGAACGAUGGGUGACUAUCUGGCAGGAAAUGGAAAGGACGACACUGAAGAGAACCAAGUUGCCAAAGUGUUCAGGCAGGAACUGAUCGCCAUGGGCAAUUCUAUACGAUGGGCUUCCAAGACCAGCGGCGCCGUCGGUGGUGGUGCUUACUUGCACCCAGGACUGCUCGGCAUUGCGAGCGCCUUGAUUGGAGUGAUGGUGGCGGUUCUCUGAGCCUAUUAAUGAGAUGUGGAUUCCGUAUUUUUAUUGUACUUUUUUGCCUAGUGGUGAUUAUUCUAUGGUUGGGGUAUUGUGAUGGGCUGAUACAUAGUGCUUCAGAAAGCAAAGUCUCGAGCAAUAGGUUGCUUGAAAUCAUGAAACAGUUCAAAAACACCUUUCUGAGCA